AUUGUCACAGGUUGCUACCUGUCUUUACCACUCUCUGAUUGUAUCCCUCUCUCUCUUUCUCUCUGAUAGUUGMUCUCUCUCUCCUAAUGGAUGUGCCGGAGCACAACGACUUUAUCAACGUUGGUAAGGAAGAAACUGCCAUUGGGAAACGCCAGUCUCUAGAUCCCAAAAAGUACCUCUCUCUGGAUGGGAACAGUCUGACCAUAGCUGAUCUGGUCCGUUUGGGGAAAGGUCUGUUCAACAUCAAGCUGACGUACGAGGCUGAAGGGAAAAUCAAUGAAGCCAGAGAAGUGAUAGAAACCAUCAUAAAAGAAAACCGAGUUGUCUAUGGCGUCAACACAGGGUUUGGGAAAUUUGCUCAUACGCUCAUUCCGAAAGAUAAGCUCAUUGAACUACAGGUGAAUCUGAUUCGAUCUCAUAGUGCUGGAGUGGGCACCCCAUUGAGUGUAGAGAGGACCCGUAUGCUACUGGCUCUGAGGAUCAACGUUCUGGCCAAAGGGUACAGUGGCGUCUCCAUGGAAACGGUCCAGGCUAUGGUCAAAGCCUUCAAGUUACCCGUUCCAUUCCAUUGUGAACUGGUUUGUUCUGCCCUUCCAGACAUCCAUGCAGUGAGGCCACACCCUGGUCAGAUAGAGGUGGCUCUGAGACUGCGCUCUCUACUCCACUCGGACGUCUUCCCCUCCCAGAUCUCUGAUAGUCAUAGGACAUGUGACCGUGUCCAGGAUGCAUACACCCUCCGCUGUAUCCCACAGGUUCAUGGGGUGGUUAACGACACCAUAGCCUUUGUUAAGAGCAUCCUCACCACUGAGCUCAACAGUGCCACUGACAACCCUCUGGUUUUUGCAGAGCGAGGUGAGACUAUCUCUGGGGGUAAUUUCCAUGGAGAAUACCCAGCCAAGGCUCUAGACUACCUGGCCAUCGGGGUCCAUGAGCUGGCCAGUAUGAGUGAGAGGAGGACAGAGAGGCUGGUCAACCCCUCCCUCAGUGAGCUGCCUGCCUUCCUGGUCCAAGACGGAGGCCUCAACUCUGGCUUCAUGAUUGCACACUGCACUGCUGCCGCCCUUGUAUCUGAGAGCAAGGCGUUGUGCCACCCGUCCUCCGUGGACUCCCUGUCCACCAGCGCAGCCACUGAAGACCACGUAUCUAUGGGUGGCUGGGCCGCUAGGAAGGCCCUGAGGGUGGUGGAACACGUAGAGCAAGUUCUGGCCAUAGAGCUGCUCGCUGCCUGUCAAGCCCUGGAGUUUCUCCGCCCGCUCAAGUCCACUACCCCUCUGGAGAAAGUCCAUGAGCUAGUGCGUACUGUUGUCAGGCCUUGGGAUCAUGACCGUCAAAUGAGUCCUGACAUCGAGGCUGCUCACACGCUCCUCAGGGAGGAAAAGGUGUGGGAGGCGGCUCGGCCAUACAUGGACCAAUACCGAGACAGGCUCGGACUGAAACCACUUCCACUGAAUGACUAGGAUAGUGUAUCAAAAUGACUCAAGUAUUUCUUACUUCUACUGUAUGAUUCCAAAUCCAGGAUUCAAGUUUAUUAAAGGUUAUUAGAGGUAUACAGUGCAAACAAUAAAUGAGCUUAAAAAACUAAAA